UCUCUCUCUCUCUCAAGCUUUCUGGAGAGUUUGUGAUCAGCCACACAAAUCAACACAAUGUGUCAACAAACAUCUCCUCCUUUCUUCUGCAAAUGCGAGAAGGACAAGAACUCAUCUUGUUACCUUCUGUCGAUGGGGGACCCGGGCAUUGAUUCCGAAGUGAACACUCCCUUAGUCCUCAAGACCUCACCAACUCUCCAGCCGUCCAACAGUGCCCCUUUCCCGCUCUCGCCGGCCGUCAAGGAGGCCAGGUCCAUCUCCCGCAUCGCCCUCCCCAUGAUCCUCACCGGCCUCCUCCUCUACUCCCGCUCCAUGAUCUCGAUGCUCUUCCUUGGCCACCUUGGCGACCUCGCCCUCGCCGGCGGUGCCCUCGCAGUCGGGUUCGCCAACAUCACCGGCUACUCCGUCCUCUCCGGCCUCGCUAUGGGCAUGGAGACCAUCUGCGGUCAGGCCUUUGGUGCCAAGCGGCUUUCCGUCUUAGGCCUCACCCUCCAAAGGACCGUCCUCUUGCUCCUCCUGACCUCGAUCCCCAUCUCUCUCCUCUGGCUCAACAUGAAGUCCAUCCUGCUCUUUUGCGGCCAGGACGAGUCCAUCUCGGCCCAAGCUCACUCCUAUCUUCUCUACUCAGUCCCUGACCUUUUGGCUCAAUCUCUGCUUCACCCUCUGAGGAUCUACCUCAGGAGCCAAUCCAUCACCCUCCCGCUCACCAUCUGUGCCUCUCUCUCCAUCCUCCUCCACAUACCCAUAAACUACUUCCUCGUCUUCCACCUCGACCUCGGCAUCAAGGGCGUCGCGCUUAGCGCCGUCUGGACCAACUUCAACCUCGUGGCGUCUCUGGUGAUUUAUAUCGUCUUCUCUGGCGUCCACAUGGACACCUGGGGCGGCUUCUCAUUAGAGUGCUUCAGGGAAUGGAGGCCCCUCAUCAGCCUCGCUGUCCCAAGCUGCGUCUCGGUGUGCCUCGAGUGGUGGUGGUACGAGAUCAUGAUCCUGCUUUGCGGCCUCUUGCUUAACCCUAGGGCGACCGUCGCAUCAAUGGGGAUACUGAUACAGACAACAGCGUUCAUCUACAUAUUCCCAUCGUCACUCAGCUUCAGCGUGUCAACAAGGGUCGGGAAUGAGCUCGGUGCAAACCGCCCUGCAAGGGCGCAGCUCGCGGCUGCCGUCGGGCUCGGGUUCAGCUUUGCCCUAGGUUUCUCGGCGCUGCUCUUCGCCGUGGCGAUGAGGAACCACUGGGCCAGGAUGUUCACCGCAGAUCAUGACAUCAUAGCAUUGACAUCAACGGUGCUGCCGAUCAUUGGGCUGUGCGAGCUCGGGAACUGCCCGCAGACGACUGGCUGCGGCGUGCUGCGAGGGAGCGCAAGGCCCAAGAUUGGCGCUAACAUAAACUUGGGGUGUUUCUACCUGGUCGGGACACCAGUAGCAGUUGCGCUUGCAUUCUACUGCCAGGUCGACUUCGCAGGUUUGUGGCUGGGGCUUUUGGCGGCACAAGCGUCGUGCUUGCUGAGCAUGUUGGUGGUGCUAGGGCGAACGGACUGGGAACACCAGGCCAUGAGAGCUCAAGAGCUCACCAAGGCCAAGGCUUGUGAUGCUGUAGACGACGGGGCUGAUGAAAUCGAGGAAGAAGAGAAGAAUAAGAAGAAGAAGAUGAGGCACAGUAAUGGUGAACUCGAGGACGAUGAUGAUACUUCACCCGUCUGAUUAAAAAUUUCUGCUUUUGACGUUCUCACCGCUUCUUCAUUUGUCAUUUUUUCCUCAUUUCUCUUUGGGGUUUUCCUGGGUCAAUCAUGUAUUCUAGGGAUGUACAUUUUGGAGAGAGAGAGAGAAGGAGAGAAGAGGAGGCGAGAAACUGGGAUUAGGUCAUUGAAUCACGAUUCUGACAUAAACUGCAACUUGCAUGCUGAGUCACUCCAAAUUUAAUUGCAUUCAAUUACCUGCAUUUUCCUCUGCAAUUUCGCAUCCCC